AAAGCAGGAAGUUUAACCUGUCUGUCAAGAAAGUAGCAAAUUUCGGCAAUGGCAUCGAGGAUGGAGUUCGUUCCCGAAGAAGGCAAGCACCUUCAUGAAGAUUGCUCCACUUUGAUUUUGCCUUCCUUGUCAAUUGGGAAUGUGGGGCAGCUAGCUGCUGACCUUUUAGUUUCAUCAUUGGGAUCAGAACGAGUAGGAUAUUUGGAUGAUCCUUAUGUUCUCCCUUGUGUUGGGAAUGAUGCUUACGGACCAGUUCCUCAAGGCGACCUUGCGCUUUCUCUUGAAGUUUAUGAUUCUCCUCCUAAUGCGCUCACUAUUAUCCAACAGAGAUCCCCAGUCGUUAAGGGUAUGAUGCUUGAAUUUGCAAAGAACUUGUCUGAUUUUGUUGCUGUUUGUGGAAAGAAGCAUAUUGUUUUGCUCUCCAGCUUAGACUUUGGGAAGUGGAAAAGAGUUGACAUGUCAAGUGGUUUGCAGAUAUAUUACCUCUCUAGUGCCAGCGGGGAUGGAGUGGAUGAAAAGUGUGAACAACUUGGGUGGAAGAAACUUCAGGAAUACGACCCUUCUCAGAAGCAUUGGAAAUAUCUUAGCGAUUUUGCUGAAGGAAAUGCAACUGGGGAAGAAAUCUCUCCUUUAGAGGAUGAAUUGGAAGAAGAAAAUUAUUAUGCUAGCUUGCCUUUUGCUGCUCUUUUUUCUCUUCUCAAGGCCAAAGGUUUGAAGGUGACUUGCCUGUUAUGUUAUUGUUCAGAGGGUGACAACACGGCUGAUGCUUAUCAGUUAGCCGACGCUGCAUGCAAACUCCUUACACUGAAUCCCAGUGGAAGUGGUGCUGAUAAAUGGCGUGUUCCCCUCUCUUGGAUGACUGUAUACGGACCGCCUCCAGAGUUGUCCAUCUUCUGAGACUAGAUUGGCAUAAUAGUGAGACAGACUCAGAGUGAUGGAGGGUGCAGGUUGGAGGAACUGGCCGUGGACUAGUAUAGUCAAGGGAGCACACCAUCGGCUCAAACACAUUUUUUCCAAGUGAGAUCUUGUGAAGUAUGUAACCUUUAAUACGCUGUUUUCCCAUUUAACUACUGACAAGAAGGUUGUGCGUUGAUAUUUCACAUCGUCUGUAUUUGCUUUGUUAUGUUGCUAACAAGUUAAACAUAGAAGCUUGGUGAAUCAAAAUUCAGUAAUCCCUAGGCAUCUUUACUUAGCACUCUAUGGUACUCAAUCAAUUAUUUUUGGGGCACAGUUUACAUCCGAGUCAUGA